GCAGUAUAUUUGAUUAUUUUCAACUAAUGGUUAAUAAGUUGAAAGAUUUAGUAGAUGAUUUAGAAAAAGAAAUUACCAAUGAUAAUGAUCAUCACUUACUAGCAGUUCAUCGAAAUAUUCAAAAAACUCUUAAGAUUGCUAAGGAUAUUAGAGAAUAUUGUAAUC